GGUGUGACCCUUAAAAGUCUGAAGCGACUAGCGACCAUUGUCCACUCGAUCGUUUGUUUUGCAUCGCCGUUCCUGUGACUCCCGUGAGGUUUUUUCUCGUGAUCUUCAUCUGAAAGUAUGGCGAGGAAGUUUUUCGUCGGCGGCAACUGGAAAUGCAAUGGCACUACCGAGGAGGUGAAGAAGAUUGUGAACACUCUUAAUGAGGCUCAAGUGCCAUCACAGGAUGUUGUGGAGGUUGUGGUUAGCCCUCCAUAUGUGUUUCUUCCUGUGGUGAAAAGCAUAUUGAGGCCCGACUUUCAUGUUGCUGCUCAAAAUUGUUGGGUUAAGAAAGGUGGUGCAUUCACCGGUGAAGUGAGUGCUGAGAUGCUUAAGAACUUGGAUAUUCCAUGGGUUAUACUUGGUCAUUCUGAAAGAAGAGCACUCCUCAACGAAUCCAACGAGUUUGUUGGAGACAAGGUCGCCUAUGCACUUUCUCAAGGUCUGAAAGUGAUAGCUUGUGUUGGGGAGACUCUCGAGCAGCGCGAGGCUGGAGCUACAAUGGACGUUGUGGCUGCACAGACUAAAGAGAUUGCUGAUCGUGUGUCGAACUGGGCCGAUGUUGUCAUAGCAUAUGAACCUGUCUGGGCCAUUGGAACUGGGAAGGUCGCCACCCCUGCUCAAGCUCAAGAAGUGCACGAUGAACUAAGGAAGUGGCUCGCAAAGAACGUAAGCGCUGAAGUCGCUGCUACAAUCCGAAUCAUUUACGGAGGAUCGGUGAAUGGGGCUAACUGCAAAGAGCUGGCUGGUCAGGCCGACGUCGAUGGCUUCUUGGUCGGUGGAGCCUCUCUUAAGCCUGAGUUCGUUGACAUCAUCAAGUCUGCGGAGGUGAAGAAAAGCGCCUAAAGGCCAUGAGGCUGGAGAAGAUGCUUCCAAUGUUUGUUUGUCUGCCAAAAACUUUGAGAAAUGAAAUAAGUUUUUUUUUUCAAAAAAAAAUAUUAAGGACCUGCUGCAUUAAACUGCAGGUUUCGAACUGGGUUUCUCGUUUUGUUUUUUGUGUUUUUUUAGGUUUGGCACAAUGAUUUCUCUGCUUCCCUUUAGUUCAUGUUUAUAAACUCGUUGUUUGUUUUAUUUCCGUAUUUUAUAUAUAUUUUCAUCUGCCGGUCUAA